CCGGAAAGACCCGAGAAGCUGCGAUUGGUGCUUUCUGCUGUGAAAACGAAAGUAGAAGGUCAGGAGGAUAAAACAGAUUGUAAACGUAAACAUGGAACUUCACCUGUGUUGUUUGACGAGUUCGUGGGCUCUGCCAUUCGUUGGAAUUUUAGCUGUCGUUGGCCUUUUAUUAUGGCUGAAACGACGAGAGGCAGAGAAGUACGAAAAGAUGACUGGGAUACCAGUCCCAGAGGGCGUCCUACCACUGCUUGGACACCUCCCACGGAUCUUAAAAAUGGGAGUAGAUGAUUAUGAGAACAAAUGGUUUGAGCUGAAGAAAUCUAAACUUAUAUUAACGUGGUAUGGAAAGACCCCCACCAUCACUGUAGCAGAUCCAGAUCUACUCAAACACAUCAUGGUCAAAGACUUCCCGCAUUUUCAGGAUAGACCAAGACGGCUUUAUAAAAUGACCCAGUCUCCUAUAAACAAAGGCGUGUUUUUCCAUUAUGGAUCUCACUGGAAGAGAAUACGCUCCAUUCUCACUCCAACUUUCAGCACAGGGAAGCUCAAAUUGAUGGACCAUGAUAUAAACAGAUGUUCAGUAAAUUUGGCUAAUAAAUUAGAGGAACUGGCAAAAGCAAAAGAAAAUGUUGAAGUGAAAAUCAUAUAUGGAGGAUUUACCUUGGACGCUAUAUCAGCAACAGCAUUUGGAUUGGACGUAGACUGCAUCAAUAAUCCUGAUGGUUCCUUUAUCAAGAACAUUAAAGGGAUCUUUCAGAAAGGGAUGGGGAAUUGGAGGAGAAUCUGUAUUACACUUGCAACCAUAUUUCCAACUCUGAUUUCUGUCAUUCGAUUCUUCAAUAUGAACUUCUUCAACCAAGAGAAUGUGGAUUUCUUUCUUCGGCAGUGUCAAGCCAUGAUAGAUGAUCGAAAAUCAGAAACAUCUCAGAGACAUUUGGAUUUCCUCCAACUUAUGGUCAAUGCAGAACUUGACCAAGAGUCACUGGAGGAGCAGCAUAUCAGUACCGGACAGAAAAAAUUGACUAAUGAUGAGAUUAUGGCCCAAGCCUUCCUGUUCUUUAUUGCGGGGUAUGAAACCACUGCCAGUACCCUGAACUAUGUCUCCUACUGUCUAGCUGUGCACCAGGAGGUUCAGGACAAAGUUGUGCAGGAGAUUCAUGAUCAAAUAGGGGAGAAUGAACCUACCUAUGAUGAAAUGAAUAAACUGCAAUACAUGGAACAAGUGAUUUUAGAGUCUCUCAGAAUGUUUCCACCUCUUACAAGACUCUCUAGAGAAAUCGGGGAAACAGUGACUGUCAAGGGUUAUACGUUUCCCCAAGGCUGUUCCUUGGUCAUUCCAGUCUAUGGACUCCAUCACAAUCCGGAAUACUGGCCAAAACCAGAGCGUUUUGAUCCAGACAGAUUUGAAAAGUCUAAGAAUGUCCAGAACAAGUUUUUCUACAUGCCAUUCGGCCAAGGCCCCAGGAUGUGCUUGGGAAUGAGACUGGCUAUGUUAGAGCUAAAAAUAGCUCUGGUUCAUGUCCUCAGGAGAGUGAAGAUUGUUCCUUGUGAGGAAACUCAGAUUCCUCUAAAACCAAUUACCUACAGGGGACUUAUUACAACAGAAAAACCAGUCAAGCUCAGAUUUGAACUCAGAAAAUAAGAAUUUUACAGUGUUUAAUAAUAUUUUCCUCUUGAAGUAAUUUAAUCAUUUCCCAGGAUUGAUGGUAGUAUUUUUAGCAAUCUUGAUUGCCUAUUAGACUGAGAAUAAAAACUAACAGUUAUUGAAAAUAAGCAGAUUAUCACAAUCUGAAAUGAAGAUUAAUGAAAGAACUAUAUAUUUAUAUAUAUUAUAAUGAGGCUUGAAUGGCCCCCUAAAAUGAACAACAUAUUUGUACUGUACUGUAAUGUUUCCUUUGUACUUAGGUAAAAUUAUGUGAAGUUUUUAAUAAUUUUUGUUUUGAUUUAAGUGUCCACAGUUCUGAAAUAUGACAUCAUUUAGUCAACCUUUUUUGCAACAAUUUCAUAUAUUUUCAUUGAACAGCUUAUUUUAAGGCAGUUUUUCUUUUAGAAAAUGCUAAGCGGUGGCUUGAAUAAACAAAAUAAUUUCAUCAAAGAUUUGUCCAUCCAAGACUAAAAACUGACAGAGAUAUUUUGCUUGUUCAAAGCUUCGCACUAUAUUAAUUUCCUCUCAAAGAAAUAUCAGAAAAUUGCAGUAAUGACUGAUCUAGUUAUACAAGUAGUGUCACUUCUGACAUCAUAUACUGCCUGUGAGUGAAAUAAAAUAAAUAGAUGAAAAAUAUAUCAUAUAGAAACACUUUUAUGAUAAAACAAACAAUUUAAUAUACCAAAAUACUAUUGAAAAUGUAGAUUCAAGGGACCAAAUUCGACUCUUAUCAUAUACAUGUGUAUUCCUCUAGAAAUGUGAAAUUUGAUUCAGACAUUUCAUGCUAGUAUCCUAGCGCAUAAUUGUACAUACAAGCUAGAAAAUAGGAACAAAUUUGUAUACUAUGCAAAAACAGAGUUCAGAGCUCAAUUUACUUGUUCAAAUUUAUUAACUUUCUAUCUUUUUUUUAUUUAUGUCCGGAAGUUUUGGUGCUUUUUAUUUAAAUUUAUUAUUUUGAUUUUAAGGGUUUUGUUCCGUAUUUUUUUUUUGGUGUUUUUGUUGUUAUAUAUAUUUGUUAUUUUAAUUUAGAAAGGAAAAAGGGUAACUGAGGAUGAAACAUUUAUAUGUGAACAUUUUAAUAAUUCAGUUUUUAUUUUAUUAAACAAAAUAGAUGUGCUUUAGUGCCAUAGAGUUCUGGAAAGAAUUAUUUCCCUCUAUAUUAAGAGAAAACGAAUUAUUUCAAUGCUAUCAUAUUUCUACACUUCUUAAAUUCCAAAGUAAAACAAUGUAUGUAGUUUUUAUUGUGCAUGAAUGAAUACAAUUUGAAAAAAGUAUACUAACUUUUGAUUAUCAUAUGCUGAAAGAGAUACCUCGGUAUGACUCAAGUGAUAAUUUGUAAGUUUUAAAGAACACUUUUUAAACUAUCACGAGAUACCAACAGUGUAAUGAGUUUGCAUUUUGGUUGUGUUGUUGUUGAACAAUAUUAUAUAAAUAUAAAUUAGAAAACACAUACUCAGAAUAUGCUUAUAAAUAUGCUAUUUUAUUGCAUGGUUUGUGUGUGUGUGUUUUUUUUUUAAAUUAAAUUCUGGUAUUUAUUAUACAUGUAGAAUGAUUUUUGUACUCGUAGUUAUUGUUACAAAACCUUUUUUAUUUUAUCCAUAAAUCUUGGUGUUUUUAAUAUAUGAACAUUUUUAGAUCUCUAUUUCUACAAACAAAUCGUUUAUUUGGUCAGAACCAAAGCAGAUUAAGCAUUAUUAAAUUGGAAUAUGCAGUAUCUUAAUUUAUAAUAGUUGUGUCGGAUAGUUGGGAUAUUUUUACAAAUACGCAUGGAAUUUUUAUCCACAGAUAUAAUAAACGGAUUACAAAAUUCA